AUGCCACCCAACCCACAGUCUCCGACUGUCAUAGUCGUCGGCGCCGGUCUGGCCGGCCUUUCGGCCUCAUACUCUGCCCUGAGGGCCGGCGCAGCAGUCCGGCUCCUCGAACGCGCCGAGAAGCCGGGCGGCAACAGCAUCAAGGCCUCAUCGGGGAUCAACGGGGCACCGACGCGAUUCCAAAAGGGGCCCGACACGUCAUUCCAGAGCGACACGGUCCGGUCCGCAGGCGCCAGACUCGCAAAGGCGGACGAAUCCCCGGUGAACUUCAGACGGAGGGAGCGCGAGUCGCUCAUCUCGCGGCUGACCGGCUCGUCCGCGCAGGCGGUGGACUUCCUGGUGGACGAGAUCGGCGUCGACCUGAGCGUGGUCGCGCAGCUGGGCGGCCACAGCUUCCCUCGCACGCACAGGGGCGCUGGGAAACUCCCGCCCGGGGCGGCAAUCGUCACUGGGCUGCUGGACAAGCUGAAACAGGACCCGAACUUCCAACUUCAGACGGGAUGCGAGGUCAGCAAGAUAUUGACGCUGCCUCAGGAUAAGGGUACCGUGACUGGCGUCCAGUACACCAAGGAGGGCUCGCCUCAUACGCUGGAGGGCGCCGUGGUCUUCACGACGGGAGGGUUUGCAGGUGAUACCUGGGGGCUGCUGAAGCAGUACCGGCCUGACCUUGCUGGUCUCCCCUCAACGAACGACAACAGGCCGGGGACGCACAACAUCCUCAAGGACCUGGGUGCUCAUCUCGUGGACAUGGAAAGCGUCCAGAUCCACCCGACGGGUUUCAUCCUUCCCUCAGAGCCUCAAGCAAGGGUGAAGUUCCUCGCCGCCGAGAUGCUCAGAGGCGAGGGGGGUAUCCUGCUGCACAAGGGAAAGCGCUUCGUCAACGAGAUGGACACAAGGGAGCACGUCAGCGGCGUCAUCAUGAAGCUUCCUCCAACCGAGCCAGACAAGGGGAGUGCCGAGCCACUAACUCAGUGGGACGUUGAGCUCCUGCUCGACCCCGGCGCGUGCGACGCAGCUGCAUCGCACAUUGGGUUCUAUAUGUGGAAGGGUCUGGUGACGAAGAAGAAAGUCAAGGAAUUGGAUGAGACGACGAAGCAGACGAUCCGCGACUACUCAGCCGUUGCAGCCGGUAAGGCGAAGGACAACUUUGGGCGAACCACGUUCGGGUCCUGGAAGCUCACGGGCACCGACGCGGACGACGAGCAGGAGGUCUGUGUCGGGCGGGUGACGCCCAUCACGCACUUCACCAUGGGCGGCGCGGCCAUCAACGACAACAGCCAGAUACUCGUUUCGGGCGGGAGCGGGCCGGAGCUAAGGCCCGUCCAAGGUCUGUGGGCAGCUGGCGAGAUAACCGGCGGCCUUCAUGGGGACAACCGGCUUGGCGGGUCCUCGCUGCUCGAGUGUGUCGUCUUCGGACGAGCUGCGGGCCAGGGAGCGGCUGCGUAUAGGCGGCCGGCAGAGGUCUAG